AUGACAGAACCCGAGAACUUUGACGAUGAACUCUUCGCCGACCUCUACAACGAUGACGAGCCGACCAGCAAGGCGGCACGCCCCGUCGAGCCCGACGAAUCCUCAGCCGCGCAGCCUGCCGCCGAGCCUAGUAAUGACUACGUAGAAGACGCCGUUGGCCAGCACCAGGAUCAAAGUGGUGGUGACGAAAUCAAAUACGAUGAAGAAGAAGAGGAGGAAGAUGACGAUGAUGACAUUGACUUCAACCUCGGAAAUGGGCCUCCUACAUUGACGACGCACGACGAACCCGAAGAGCACCAAGACUACGACGAUCACCAUGACCAGCAGGACGAGCAAGAUGAGAAGCAGUCCUACGGCGGCCAAUCUGCAGCUCUUGCCCAUACAAAAGGGCCGAAUACCAAAGAAGACGGGAAAAUGUUUAUUGGUGGCCUUAACUGGGAGACGACGGACCAAUCAUUGAGGGACUACUUUUCACAGUUUGGCGAGGUUCUGGAAUGCACCGUUAUGCGCGAUGGGGCCACUGGUCGUUCUCGUGGCUUCGGUUUCCUCACCUUCAAGGACCCGAAGACGGUGAACAUUGUUAUGGUCAAGGAACACUACCUCGACGGGAAGAUUAUUGAUCCUAAGCGGGCUAUCCCACGCGAUGAACAAGAAAAGACGUCCAAGAUCUUUGUUGGUGGCGUCAGCCAAGAGACGACGGACCACGAGUUCCGCGAGUACUUUGCCCAAUUCGGGCGCGUUGUCGAUGCCACUCUUAUGAUGGAUAAAGACACCGGCCGCCCCCGUGGCUUUGGUUUUGUCACCUUUGAGAGCGAGGCCGGCGUCGAUGCUUGUCUCGCUACCAGCCUUGAGAUCCACGGCAAGCCGAUCGAAGUCAAGAAGGCCCAGCCCCGCGGUAACCUGCGCGACGAAGAAGAUGCCGCGCGCCGUGGUGGUGCCGGUGCGGGCGGCAAGUUCGGUCGAAAGGGCCAGGGCAUGGGUGGUCCUAACGGCGGCAUGGACGACGGCGGACAAGGUGCGGCCGGUGCGGGUAUGAUGGGCGGCAUGGGCGCGGGGGGCGCCGGAAUGUCAGGCCAAGUCAUGGCGCAGUACUUUCAGCGCAUGCAGCAGACCAUGGCCAUGUUCCAGCAGCAGAUGAUGAUGAACCGCAACAUGAACCCAGCCAUGGCCCAGAUGAUGUAUAUGCAGCAGAUGCAGCAGAUGCAGAACAUGAUGGCGCAGCAGGGCCGCGGCGGAGGUGGCGCCGGGGGUAUGCCGCCUGGUAUGAACCCAGCUAUGAUGCAGCAGAUGCAACAGAUGAUGAACCAGCAAGCCGGUGGCAUGGGUCCCGGCGGUCCUGGUGGUCCUCAAGGCAUGGAUCCUAGUAUGGGCCCGGGCGGGGUUGAUCCGGGUUCCAGUGUUUCUCCGGUCGGUAACUCGGGUGGCCAGAACCAGCCCAGUUACAACAACGGGAACAACACCAACAACACCGCCUUUGACCCACAGCAGCAGCAACAACAGCAGCUACAACAACAACAGUCACAACAGCAGUUCGACCAGCAGCAGCCGCCGCAGCAGGGCGGGCAAGGCAGGGGCGGUGGACGUCGUGGAGGCCGUGGCGGAAGUGGGGACAUGCAUCAUCACCAUCACCAGCAGCAGCAGGCGUACAACCAAGGCGGUUACAACAUGGGCGGCAGCGGUGGUCUCGGCGGCCCAACUAGUUGGGAGGGUAUGUACGACGACGUUCCGCAGCCGAUCAUGGCCCAGGGCGGAGGUAACUUUGGAGGAGGAGCGGCUGGUGGACGAGGCGGAUUCCACAAGGGCAGCCGUGGGGGCGGUGGUGGCGGUGGUGCUGGAGCUGGAGCUGGUGGUGGAAACCCGAUGGACCCGAUGAAUGCUCCGCCUGCGAAUGCGCCGACGGGGCCGAAGAAUGCGGGUCGGCCGGGUGCUAACUACCGUGGGGGUGGUCGGGGCGGGAACAGAGGCUUCCAUCCCUAUGCUAGGACCUAA